UAAUUAUAUUUUUAAGUCCAUUGUUUAAAAAAAAUUGAUUGGAAUAAGACAAACUAUAUGAGUUGACUAGACAUAGUCUAUUUAUCACUGGAUACAAGAGCCCGCCAGUGUGUCAGGACGCGCAGACGUCAUCGAUCCAAAACAACUGGUUGGCGGUAAAGAGUUGCAAAGGGCAGACAACCCGAGAUGUGUACGUGGUUCAUAUUUACGUGGUUACGUGAAGAAAGAGAUGAAAGACAUCCACACAUCAUUCGUCGUAACUGAACUGUAAGGAUUGGACUUUAGGGACAAGCCUUUCUUUCGUGUCUGUUGUGGUGAAUCGCUUACAGACUUUGGAAUUCCCAGCGGUUGUUCUAGAACAAGUAUCCCAUUAAGUAUUAAAUAGGUCACGGAUGUAGUCAAUGAGCCCCACAGUCUACUAUUACUAUUCAUCUACUAACGUCAUGUCUCGUGGCGGAGGAAUGGGUUCGGACAAGGUCAUGAAAUUGAAUGUUGGUGGUACUUUUUACACAACAACUAAACCUACAUUGUUGGCAGUGCCCGGGUCUGUGUUAUACCAGAUAGCAUCAGGAGCUGUAUAUUGCCCUAGGGAUGAUCGUGGUAACUUUGUCAUUGACAGAGAUGGACAUUGUUUCAGAUUUGUACUGAACUAUUUACGAACAUUCAAGUUGAUCGUGCCAAUGGGAUACAGAGAUCUAGAUAUUCUGAGAGAGGAAGCAGCUUACUAUGGUCUGGAUAAACUGGUAAUUGCUAUUGAGAGUAGUAUUGAAAUGAAAAAGAAGAGAGCUCGCUGCAGAAGAUGGAAUGGAGCUGCCAAGAGGCUGAGCGCCAGUGUUGGAGAGAACCUGAAUAAUCUUCCAGAGGAUGAUGGGGACGAUGAUUUUUUUGAGGACAGCUGGAUAGGUGGAGCUACCAGUCAAGCUGUUUUAUAACUGGCUGUUUUUUUUUGUUUUCGAACACUUUCCUUCAAAGAAAUCAUGUUACAACUGAAUGCUGCUUCAAGGAUUGCAAUAUGGUAUUAGUUCAGUCUUGAUUGCAAGUGUUAUCCAAUUUUUUUGUAUUGCAUUACUGACUUUUAUCAGACAAGCAUUUAGAAUUACAAAUACAUAUUUUAAUGUAUGCAAGGUACUGCUCGCUUCCUGGAGAUCAAAUUCAAACUUUUUCAGUUUUUUUUUAAAUUAUAGAGUUGGUAACAUAUAUUUUGACAUAUUUUACAUAUACACUUUUAUAGAAGUAUUUUUUUUUGUUAUUUAUACAUUACUUUUUAAUCUUGCCUUCCAGUUUACUGAUUUCGGGUAUGACAUUGCUAUUUAAUAGUAGAUAAUGAAUACGUUACUUUUUAAAAAUACAAGAUGUAAUAUCUUAGGGAUGGUUAAUGGUAUAAGAUGGCUGCCUGGUGCUGUGGUAUUAGCUUAGAAAUGUUGUCACAAAAGUCCAGAGUUCAAACCCUGCCAUCCUGCAGGAGGUUAGCUCUAGGAUGUAAUUAUCUUCAUUUCUGAAGUAACACAUACUUAUUAAACAAACAAACAAUAAUAGCUAAGAAAAGUAAACAAACAAACAAUAAUAGCUAAGAAAAGUGUCCUUUUCUAUAUACUUAUUGCAAAUACAUGAUCUUAAGUAUUGAUAGAUUAAUGUAUUUAAAAAAAAAACUUAUAUUAAAAUUAUUUUUUAUCAUGUAGGUCCUUAAUUUUUUUUUUUUUUUUAAUUUUCUCAACAUUAGUUGUUAGUUUGAUUUAAUAAUUUUGUCAGUAAUUAGUUGUGCACAUUGUGCCUUUCGUUAAUUGCAUUUCCUUAACAUUUUCGAACCUACUGUUAAGUCAGAUGCUAAUUAAUUGGCUCUUCACACAUCUGUGAAUUAGGAGUGCUCAGAUAUUUAGCGCCACUUCAAGGUAUGUUAGCUAUUUGUCAGAGACUGCUGUGCAAUAUAAAUAGCUAAUUCUAGAAGAUUCUUUUGUAGUUUUCUUAGCAGAAGUGGAUUGAGUUUAUUAAAAGAAAAUCUGGAAGAUUAAGAAAUGACAAUCAUGCUAGUCCCUUGUAUUGAUAUUGGGAGCAGGUUCAGUUUAAGACAUUAGCCAUGAAACUGUCCCUUGUAUUGAUAUUGGGAGCAGGUUCAGCUUAAGACAUUAGCCAUGAAACUGUCCCUUGUAUUGAUAUUGGGAGCAGGUUCAGCUUAAGACAUUAGCCAUGAAACUGUCCCUUGUAUUGAUAUUGGGAGCAGGUUCAGCUUAAGACAUUAGCCAUGAAACUGAAACAUUGUGCAAUACAUUUUUUUUUCCAGUUAUUUUUACUCUUUAGUUUUCAGCUUUUGAUUUUUCUAUUUCAUAAAUAGAAUUUUUAAGAUAAUUGUUUUGAAUUUGUGUUACAGGGAGAACAUUCCUUAAAGUGAAAUUUACAAAUAAACAACAAAGUAAAAACAGUUUAUUAAUAAAUACCAAAGUUAUUCACUUUUUAAAUAAAAUAACUUGCACAGGUAUUGAAACAUUUAAGUUUAUCAAUCCUAGUCUUGAGCAUUCAUAAUAGUUAUAAUGACAAAUCUAAGAUCUUCUGAGCGCAGUGUUUCACAUGACACGCAAACCCAGUUACGACCUGCAUAUUUUUCCAUAUCUCAUGCAGACAAAACCUUUGUCUGCAGGUGAUCUAUUUAAGUUUUCUUUUCUUCUUUAUUUAGUAAAUUAUAAAACUAAUGGCCAAACAUUUUUUUUCUUACAAUUAUCACAUUUGACGUUUAUGACAUUUUUUUUUCAAGUCUUUUAAAGAUAUUAAAUUCAUAAUAUAUUUUUUUUUGAAGCUACUGCUGUACAUUUAUUUAAACAAAUAAAAGAAUCAUGGAGCGAUGAGUCCAUUUAGCUAUUUUGUGUAGAUAUUUAAUUCACAUUCAAUGUUCUUAUACAGCUUCUUCCAUAAAAUGUUUGCUUUGUCAUUAUUCCUUAGUUUAAUGAAAAUAAUCUUUUUUUUUUCAUUAACAUCUCAAAAAUGUACACAAAAAAAAAGGAAAAAUGUCAUAUAUACUCACAUUAUCAUGUCAUUUUUAUUAAUAAUAUUUGUUUGUUUCCUUAAACAAUAUCAAUUUCUAAUUGCCUUGAGAAAUUUAAAAUCAUUUUAAACUAGCCCGUCCUAAAAAGAUUAUUAAGCUUCUUGCUAAGCCAACAUUCCAUUACAAAAUUCUAAGAAUUCUAAUGAUUUGGUUGCUCUUAAAGAAUUUAAAACAAAAAUAGAGUGAUGAAAUAUUGUGGCAUGUGAUGUGUUUUUUUUUUCUCAAAGUUGUUUGAUAAGAAUUACAAUUUAAUAUUCAUGUAUUAUAAUAUGUAUAUGAUUUGUGAUGUAUAAUAUUAAGAAUUUAUUAUUGUAUUUUGGUUAAAAAUGAAAAAAAAAAAUAUUUGCUUUUUUUUUCUUUCAGAUAAUUUAAAUAUUUAUUCAUUUCUAUUUAUUCAAUGGUACUAUUGUUCUAAUAUUGAAUGACUAAUAGCUCGUUGAAGGGCAUAAGGCUUCAAAUACUUUUCUCUGAGAAGUUUCAGGUGACUUGACUUAAGUUGAGCCUCAUGUAAGCCUUGUAACUUUGCUCUUCAUCAACUUACACAAUGAGAUGUUUUCAUCAACCUUCUUUGUUUGUUCAUUUUCAUUCAAAUUGUGCUCCACUGUCUAGCACCUGUCUAGCCAAGGUUUGUCUGUUUCCACUGCUUCUUUGACAUUGCAAUAAGAUGCUGUCUAGUAUCACUUGUGUUUACGAGGUUCACUCAAGUCAAGGAUAUAUCAUAAGCAAUUGUUGGUUCCAGUAAAUUUGUAAUCACAACAGCACAAAUAGACCACAUAUGUUAACAUGCAAUAUAUUCAAAAACCUGUAGACUUUACAUAUUUCAGUUUUAUUAAAUGUUUUCAAGUUUAAUAUGUGUCAUCAAGACUAAGGCAGCCUAUUAGAUAAUUAACCGUCUGGUUUAUUUCGUACUAUUUGACCAUGUUUCAUAGUAUACAAAAGUAUUGAACUGAGCAGUUUACUCAGACCUCAGCAUGUUGAUGUCACAUGAUCAUCAAUUUAUUGAGCAAGGCUAUUAACAUAUUUUUUUAUCAGAUGGCUGCCUGGUCAUGUGGCCUGCACUUAAACUAUCAUCCUGAUGGUCCUGAGUUUGAGCCCUGUCCACUUCCCUCCCCUUGCCAUCCUGCUGGAGGUAUAGACUUAGGAUUUAAUAAUCUUCAUUUCUGAAGCAACAUACCAAACUUAUUAAGCAAAGCAAACAAUUUUUGUAUCUAUUCAUAUUGAUAAAAUAAGUGAGCAAGCUAGCACAAUCAAUGACGCAGUCUAAAAAAACAAAACCUUAGAACUGAAAGAUUGAAUCUCACUUAAAAACACAUUGCCUUCUAUUCAGUGAAGCAAUUUAUGAAUGUUUCAAGCACAAUGGCUGCCUGGUUAGGUGGUUUGGGCACUGGACUAUUGUUUGGAUUUAUCAAUGGUCCUGGGUUUAAACCCUGCCCACUCCCAUCCCCCGUCGUCCUGUGGGAGGUUUGGACUAGGAAGUAAACUAUCUACAACUCUGAAGGAACAUCCGAAACAUGUAAAACAAACAAUAUUUUCAAACCAUGUACAUUUUCUUGUACUAUGCUCUUCAAAUAUUAUUCCAGCUGAUGUAAAAUCAAUGAAUUUUUAAUCUAAACUUAUACACCUUUAUGACUAAAUUGUCUAAAAUUCCAUUUGGCUAAGUUGUUUAGCAAAAUCUGAAUGAUCAUUCACUAAUAGUUCUAAAAGCAUCCUGUCAAAUGAAAAUACAUGUAUUUGAUGUAUUAAACAUAUCUUUAAUGUGGCUGUGUUCUUAUAAAUUGUAAAGUUAUCAUCAGCAAGUUAAUAUUUGAGAUUAUUUCUAUUAUUUUCAUUUGUUUGUAAGCAUUCAUUGAUCUGAUAAUUUUAUCAGAAAGAUAUACAUUACAAAAUGUUUUAUUGAAACACUUGGACUAUUCACUCUUUCUGUCCUAGUUUCUACUUUAACAUCAGUGUAGGCUGGUUUUUUUUUCUGUCUACACUUGGUGUCAGAAAACUUUUUUUGCGAGUUUGCCAACUUCAUAAAUAAGGCUUAUUGUUUACUGAAACAAUUAUAUGUGGACAUCAGUACAGAAAGGCUAUAGCCUGAAUAAAUAAAAUCAAUAACAUACUCAAAGUAGAGUAUGUUGUUGUUAGUUUGUUUUUGUUGUUGUUUUUUGUGAUGAUAUUUUAACCAUAUUGACUGUCAUUUUUUUUCUUAAUUUUUUAUUCUUCCUAACCAUUAUAUAUUUAUAAAAAAAUUAGGCAAGACCUAGAGUUAUUUUAGUUGGAAGUAAAGCAAUUCUACUUUUGAAAGAUAAUAACUAGAUCUAUUAUAAUUUUACUUGUAGAUCACAUUUUUAUGCCAUUGUUUGAUUUAAUAUUUUAAUUUAAUUCACAACAAUUUUAACAGUUGGUAUAUGCUGGGAAUCUUAAUAAUCUAAAACUUGAGGCUAGGCAGUAAUUGUAAAUUCUGAGAGAAUCCUUCUCUUUUUUUAAUGUAUGCUUCUUAUUCACUAGUUUGUGCUAAUGUAAUGGGUUUGAUACCAUGUUUAUUAUAAGCAUUAGGGUAGCACAAAAAGUUACCAAUUUUAUAUGCUUAGCUUUUUCCUAACAAAAAACAUUCCACCAUUUGCCAGAGAGAUAUUUUGUUAAAACUUGAAUAUCCUUGAACUAUUUGAACUAUAAAUGAGAAUUAGUCAUAGAUAUUUUUUUGAAAGUAUUUAUAUUAUAAUAAAUUAAAAAAACACAAACAAUAUCUAAUCCAAUGUUAACAAAUAAUCCUAAAUUUAUUAGCUUGAUUCAGAAAAAGAUAAUUGAGCCCAGUUGUCUUUUUUUUUUUUUACAAAAUAGCUAAACUAGAUAGUUAGGUAUCCAAUAGUUGAUGAGGUACUCCAUAGACUGCACUGCCUUUUUUAACAAACCUUGCUUCUCAUUUCUUUUUAAUUAUCCACUGUACGAAUAGUGUCCUAAGACAUGGGGUAUUAUUGCUUUAUAAGGAAUUGAAUAAUGGUCAGAAGCAACUCCUAAAUCUUUGUUGACAACAUGACGGGAAAUCCUGUUUUUAUUGAACAUGCUGGUUGGGGCACAUAUGCUACUACAGAUUUUAAUUAUUUCAAAAUUCAAACCUUAUUUUUUUCUAAUGGAAAUAAGUACUCCUGAGAGGUUUAUGAGUUACAAUAGAAGUCCUCGGUUAUACGGUAUUCAAACUUAGUGCUACCAUUUCAUGUAUUUAUUUAUAGUUUUAUGCGUGUCCUAUCACUGUUUUUAUUGAUUUAUAAAUUUCACAUGUUGGUUUUGCAUUGAACAAUCACAGGUACCACUUCAUGUAUUUAUUGUGUAAGUUGAAGACAAAAAUAAUGAUACAACUUUGUCUCAGAGUUUUACUAAUAAGUUGGUUUAUAUCCUUUUGAACCCCUUUCUCUCCAACAUCUAGGACAUUUUUCAGUGUUAUGUUAUGCAUAUACAAGAGUGGCCCACUUUGUGAGUUGAGGGGUGGGGGGAGAAGGAGCUGUGAUUAUAUAUAUAUGAUAUAUAUCCUGACAAUUUAAGGAUAGAAAAAGCAAUGAUUUUAUAGAUUUAGGAAAUACAAAAGCAAUCACAAUGUACAUCAUGUGUCUGUCUGAUAUUGUCAUGGCAGUGAUGCCAUCAUGAGCACUCUGCACAAGGUGUUUAGCUUGUCAGGUCAUUGUAUACAUCCCUCUAAAUAAGCCUCCACAUUUGUUCUUAAUCAUACACAAUUAUACCCAACAAUAUCUACUAUUUUAUUUAAUUAUUUGCAAUAUUAAGGCUGUGCAUUCUGAUUUGUUUUUAUUUCAUUGAAUUAUUUUGCUUAUUACCUCCCUUAAUCCCUUUAUGUUGUUUUGUGUUUACAAGGAAUUUUGUUUUGUUUUUGUUUUUACCAGUUAUUAUGAAACAGGAUGUAGGUGCUUUUAAACAACUAUAUUUUUUAAUGCUGUCAUAGGUAUAUAGUAUAUGGCUGUGGUAAUAAAAGUAUAAAUAAGUACCUAGUCUGUUACUGUUCCUAAUAUGUGAUGUUUUAAAUUGUUCUGAUUUUCAUAGGGAACUGAUUCUAUCCCUAACCCCCUUAUGGUAAUCUAAUUUAAUUUAAAAAGAAAAGAUUAUCCCUUAUGUAAUACAUUUUAAUCUUUUUUGGGGGGUAGCAUUUAAAUUUUUGACAAUUAAGUAUUUUGGUACUCUUUUGUAGAGGCUAUUCUUUGAAUGGUAAUUAUCUUUCAUUUGAUUAUAGCCAGAGAUUUUAUUGCCUUUGUAUUAGGUAAAGAAAAUAUUCCAUUUCUCUCCUUCAUCUAACUAGCGGAUAUUUAAGAGACUUUGGGGAAAAGAAUAAGAAAUAAAAUUCUUUUUCCCACUUAACAUGAAAUCUGGUGUAAGUUUUCUUUCAUUAUUUUUGUUAAUACUGUAGUUUUAAAAAAAAAAGGUUUUCAUUUAAUGAUAUACAUUAAAAGCGUCUUUUGAUUCAUAGUUGA